AUGGCCUGGAGAUAGCUGGUCCUCACCUCCUGCCUCUCGGCUGCGGUGCUCCUCUCCAUGCUACAGGAGGGGACCGGUGUGUCGGUGGGCACCAGGCAGGUGGGAGGACAAGAGGCCCAGGAAGGUGUGGAAGAGAUUUUCAUGCGGGAAUCAGAUGCCUCAAAUUUCCUUAAGAAGCGUGACAAGCGGUCCCCCAAAUCCCAAGAUGAGGUCAAUAUGGAGAACAGGCAGCGGCUGCGGGCUGACGAGCUGCGGAGAGAGCAUCAUGAGGAACAGAGGAACGAGUCUGAGAACUUCGCAGAGGAGCAAAACGACGAACAGGAAGAGAGAAGCCGGGAGCCCAUCGAGCAGUGGCGCCAGUGGCAUUAUCACGGCUUGUACCCCUCCUAUCUCUACAACCGCCACAUCUGA